CUCUCCUCCCGGCAGCCAUGACCUCAGAAGAAUCGUUAAGUUCCGGCCCCACGGCCACUCCCCACUCAAGCGGCUCCUCGCUGGGGCCGAUCACCUCCCUCUCCUCGUCGGCCGUCCAGCCGGUGGUCUCAUCGCCACCCUCCGGCCUCGGGGUCUUCUCAUCGGCCGAGGCGGCGCCGGUGUCGGUUGUGUUCCCUGCGGGCGGGGCCACCACCGCCCCGACCGGCCCGGCCGCCGCUGCCACCCCGGCCGCCGCUGCCACCAUGGCGCCGGCCCAAAAUUCCAACCUGUCAAAAUUCGUCAUGGGCGGCCUGGCCGGCAUGGGUGCCACCUGCUUCGUCCAGCCCAUGGACCUGAUUAAGACGCGCAUGCAGCUGGCCGCGUCCACCCCCGGCGCGCCGAAGAUCGGCACCUUCCAGGCGAUCUCGGCCAUCGCCAAGGCCGACGGCCUGCUCGGCAUGUACAACGGCCUCUCCGCCGGCCUUCUCCGCCAGGCCACCUACACCACCACCCGUCUCGGGGUGUACGCCGUCCUCGAGGAGGCCUUCACCACCGAGAACAGCAAACCCUCCUUCGCCACGCGGGCCUUCUGCGGCAUGGUGGCCGGCGCCGUGGGCGCCAUCGUCGGGACACCGGCCGAAGUGGCCAUGGUCCGCAUGAUGGCCGACGGCCGGGCGCCGGUGGCCGAGCGCCGGGGCUACCGCAAUGUCUUCGAUGCCCUGGUGCGGGUGGUCCGCGAGGAGGGUGUCCUGACGCUGUGGCGUGGCGCCGGGCCGACGGUCGGCCGCGCGGUCGUCCUGAAUGCCGCCCAGCUGGCCACCUACUCGCAGUUCAAGCAGGUGCUCGGCCUCGGGCCGCUGCACCUGGAUGGCCUGCCACUGCAUGUGACGGCGUCCCUCCUGUCCGGGCUCGUGGCCACGGCCGCCUCGCUGCCGAUCGACAUCACCAAGACCAAGCUCCAGAACAUGACCAUCGGUCCGGACGGCCGCGCCGAGUUCCGCGGCGCGUUCGACGUCAUCCGGUCGGUCGUCCGGUCGGAGGGGCCGCUCGGCCUGUGGAAGGGCUUCACGCCGUACUUCAUGCGCCUCGGCCCGCACACGGUUCUCACCUUCGUCAUCCUGGAGCAGCUGAAUGCCUUCUACCGCGGCGGCGCCCGGUGAUCAUCAUCCUUGUGCGAGUGAGAGCGGUGCCUUUCUUUCUUUGAGGCCCGGCCUCUCCCUCCCUCCCCUCGCCCUUCGCUUCUAGUGAGAGGCGAGGUCUCGGGGGCGCGGGGGGGCCACCCGCCAUGUGGCCUAUCGGCGCGGCGAUUCGUGGAUGUGGGGACUGUGUGUGGUGUCGAGAGCAAGAGCGCGAGGGAGAUGCAGGCCCGCCCGGGGCGAGGACCCAGAGACACACACAUUCACACCUACCCACCCGGAGUGGCGAGGCCAUGAGCGCCAGGGCGCGAUCUUGGCGAGCACAAGCGCACGCGGGCCGAGAGAUCUCAGCCGCGCCCCCAUUGCCCCCGGUGGUGUACCUUCCUUCUCCGUGCCCUGCCACCCCCACCUCUCUCCCUCUCCCUCUUCUCUAUGGAGGUCUCCGCAUCUUCUCCUCCC